UCGAUUGGCCACUGCCCUUGACAAUAAUAGGUGACUACGUCCUUCGUCAUCAUACGAAACGAAAGGUGGUCGAGUGGAGCGACGACGUGCGAACUAGCGAGCUUGAAAUCGACUAGACGAGGACGAGGGUAGAGCGUCGGCGCCGUCAGUCGGGCUCGACGCAGUCGCAUCUGGACCGAACGCCGCCGUCGGAGGCUGUAAGGGCGGGUUGGCGCCUGAAAAGUGGGACGGAGAGAGCGUUACACUGCUCGCGAAGCGAAUGAGGCCGAAGCUGCCAGCAUUCACCCUCGGCAGUUUAGUCGCGAGCGUACGCGCCAAGAUCCCAUCCGCUGGUGUCAGGGGUGAGAAACGUUCUUCGGGGUCCAGGGAGUCGUACGGACUCCGUCAAGCAUUAGGCACGUGAGAUUGGUGCAUCGAUUUUCCCGUAGUAUCCAACGUUGUUCGCGUUAAGAGGACUCCGUUAUAUUGAACCCACGGUUCUCGUCGGUCGAUUCAGCGUCCCGCCACGCUACGUGUGCUCGUGUAUUUAGUAAUAACAGGACACCAGAGUAAAGCAAAAAAAAAUCACGCGGGGACAGACGUGAAACAAACCACCUGUAAGCGGGAUAAAGAAUAUUAACCGGUUAUGGAAGAUAAAUAGUUGGCCGGUAAAAUUUUUUUGUUCUGGUUAUUCGGUAAAAUCGUCGAUUUUCCGUACCUUGUCUCUUCCCGUUUCUAAUCAACCACGUCGGCAACCAUCUAUCCCUCCUACGUGUGUACUACGUGAAACAGGAUUGAUGACUAUUUGAUGUCUUGAAAACGAUCGGGAUGAAAUACUUGAAAGUCGUUCUGUUCACGUUCAAUUUGUUAAUAUGGUUGGCAGGAUGCGUGGUGCUGGCGAUCGGAGCGUGGCUGCUUGUGGAACCGAGCAAGGGUCACCUGUUAAAUCUUUUCGUGACCGACGCGACGCCGCACAUGACGAUUAACCUGAUAGCUUACAGCUUGCUCGGCCUCGGUCUGAUGGUACUGACGGUCGGUUUCUUCGGCUGCCGGGUCGCGCUUCACGGGAACCAAUGUAUUCUGGCCACCUAUAUAAGCAUGCUCGUGGCUCUGAUCGUCACGGAGACGGUCACCGCAGCCGUUGGCGGGCUGAUGACUUUCCGGAUGGUUUCCGGGUUGGAGGAACGGCUGAUCGGUAAAUUGGCCCAAGACUACGGUCAUGAACCGACCAGCGACAUCCCCUUCAGCCACAGUCUCGAUUUCGCACAAUACAAGUUUAAUUGCUGUGGAAUACACGGAUACGGAGACUACAAUGGCACGGCCUGGUGGAGGGACGCACAAAUUUCGGGGAACAGGAGACAGGUCCCGCUCACGUGUUGCGUUCUGAAAAAUACCGAGGAAAGCAAUACGGGGAGUCCGAUGAGCGUGGUUUCGAGAGUACUCCACAAACAUACGGAGAAACCAUGGCUGAAUCCGAAGCCAAAGGAUGAAAUAGCGUGUCAAGUGGAGGACAAAGAGGGUCACGACGGAUAUCGACAUAAGGAGGGCUGCCUGGAUAAAGUUACAAAUUGGCUGCAGUGCGAGAGCUUCACGUUAGUACUUCUGGGUAUGGCGAUGGCUGGUAUACAAAUAUUCGGUAUAAUAACUUCGGCUUUCCUUUGUCGGACGAUAAGGGACAUGCAAGUGGAUUGAAACGCGUAAAGGCACGAAGCCGUCAAGAAAAUCAAUUUCAGGUUCCCCGCCGGCUUCCGCGAUAAAAUCGAACGCAUUAUUUUGACGUUUCACCCGUUUCAUCUCUCCGCGACGAGAACGUUGAAUCGAGAGAUGAAUGAUACCCACGAUAAUAACCGAACGUCUCGAGCAAUGAGUGAUACUCGUUCCUCCGUCCUCGGAGAAACUCGAUGAUCGCGAAACUUACUGUUAGACGAAAAAAGCUGUGCUUGCUCGAGAAGCAUUGAAACAAAAUCAUUCCCGUCCCUUAUGCGUGUUUCAUCGUGGCCAUGUCGUACCGAAGUAGGACGAAAGGAGGAUGUCUAUUAUUCUGUACAUAAAACGUUGUUCUCUUCGUGUUCACACUGACAAUGAAAUUACAGGGACGCCGCGAGUCGAUCGCGAUCGUUCGAAUUAAGCGAAUGAAAAUUUUUGGCCGCCUGCUAUAUUUUUGAAUUAAGCGCGGUGCGAUCUGUAAAUAUGUACAACGAUAAUAAUAAAGCGACGUGAAUUGUACAAAUUGGAACCAGACAACUGAACCAUCGUUUUUACUUUUAACUCGUUUCGCAUAAUUUUUUACGAUUUGUAUACCACGUUGGCAAACCGCAUGCGUUGAUUUUGCGAUCUCUGGCAAUGAGAAAUUACAAAUACUCUCAAAGAGAGUGAAUGUAAUAUCGUAGAUGUGUACGCGUGCGAUAAAAAAUUCAUAUAUCCGCGUAAAAACUGCUUAUGGAACCGAAAAAUGGAUGUACGCCUCUGUACCGUGGCGAAUGAUAUUCUCUGCCGUAAUGUCCAAAAGGCCAGGAAGACGUUCAUUAUGUUCGUGAUUAAUAUCGGCUAAUAGGAAGAAGAGAAACGAGAAAUACAUCUGUUACAAUAAUUCGUGCCAAAUACUAGAUGAUAUCCAUGUAUGUAUCUUGUGAGCGAAUUUAAAUUUGUUACACCUUUAUUUUCUGAUGAUAUUUGUUGAAACGUGUAUUAUACCGUGUUCGUAAAAUACAGUAGGAAUACAAUAAAAACAUUUGUCUCUGUA